ACAACAGUUGCUCCUCGUGUACGGCACAUAUGGCUUUCACAGGGUAUUAAAUCCGGCUUUUCCCCCAGCCAGACCUAGAGGAUGGGGAUAGAUGGAAGAGGCGCUUCGCAUCCCGGCUCCCGGGUAACCCCGUACUCCGGUAUCCCAGGAACUCGGCUCCACUGUAACCCGGCAUCCCGGUAAUCCCGUCCUCCGGCAUCUCAGGAACUCGGCUUCACGGAAACCCGGCAACCCCGUACUCCAGCAUCCCGGGAACUCGGAUCUGCUGCACCCUAGCAUCCCGGUAACCCCGUACUCCACCAUCCCUAAAACUCGGCGCCACUGCACCCCGGCUCCCCGGUAAUCUGGUACUCGGGUGCUCCGGGAACUCAUCUCCACAGCACCGCUGGUCCCAGGCAACCCCGUACCCCUGCGCUUCGGGACUCGGCUCUGCUGAGCCUGGCUCCUCAAUAACCCUGUACUCCUGCUCCCCGGGAACUCUCACCGCAGCUUCCCAGCUUCCCGCACCCCAGCUCCCCGGCACCCCUGCUCCCCCCGGGACCACGACCAUGGCGUUCAUGGUAAAGAGCAUGGUGGGGGGGCAGCUGAAGAACCUCACGGGUGGUCUGGGCGGCGAGGAGAAGAGCGAGGGCGAGAAGUCUCCGGCCGAGGCGCAGGGAAUGACCCGCGAAGAAUAUGAGGAAUAUCAGCGGCAGCUGGUGGAGGAGAAGAUGGAGAGAGAUGCCCAGUUCGCCCAGCGCAAGGCGGAGAGAGCCACGGUCAGGUCCCACUUCCGAGACAAGUACAGGCUCCCCAAGAACGAAACGGAUGACAACCAGAUCCAGCUGGUGGGAGGUGACGUGGAGCUGCCCAAGGAGCUGGCCAAGAUGAUCGAGCAGGACAACGAGGAGGAGGAAGAGAAGAACUCGGUUAUCGGCCAACUCAGCAACAUCCAGAACCUGGACCUUGAUUCCUUGAAGGACAAAGCUUCGGCCACGCUCGAGGACCUGAAGCAGUCGGCUGAGAAGUGCUCCAUGAUGUGAGGUGGCAGCAGCCCCGCUCCCCGCCGGUGGGAUGAGCAGGGAGGGGGCGCAGCCGAGCGGUGCUGCCUGCAGCGGGGACCCCACUGAUGUUGUCCCCCUCGCCCCGCGGGAGCCGGGUCCUCCUCCUGCGCCGCGGGAAGCCGCAAGUCCCUGCCCCAGAUGUCCCCGAUGUGUGGCUAUUGUCUUGUUCUCCGGUCUGAGGUUAGAGCCAAGAGGCAGCAUGUUCCCCCCGUGCCCCAGCCAACCCCUGUGCCCGUGGCAGCAGGUGUCCUUAGCGAGAGCGGGGAAGGAAAGCCCUGCGUGACCUUGGGGUGUCAUUGAAGCACGUCAGCAUGCGAAGGCAAAGGCUUUCCCACAGAGCUGAGCCCAGGCACUGGGUUCCUGCCUCCUGGAAAUGAUGGGGAGGCUCCGGUUCGCUCUGCAAGGACGAGGCACGGUGUGAAAUGAGAAAUAACAUCCUGUCCAUGCAAGAAACACCAACCACUGUGCCCUUGAGGGCCCCUCUGGAAGGAGUCAUCCGGGAAGGACCUGCUACACCAUCCCAGUCAGCCCAGCAGGAAGGGGGGUGUUGAGGACUGGAGGGCUGAAGCCUGAAUUGAUGCCAGAGAGGAAUAAAACCCCCUCCCCGGUGCCCGUCGGAGCCCACACCAGCCCUUCCCCAGGGUGGGAUUCGCUCGUGUCCUUGUUCCUUCCAGAAGAACAAAGUGAUAAGGGAAUCUCUCCUCCUCCUCCUCUGUCGUGCUGUAGUUGUGCGCUGUGCUCAUCGAGUGUCUCUCCACCUCCUCUGCCGUCCCUGUGCCACGGUACAGUUAUAACUGGUGGAAUAAAUACCAGGAGAUGUCUAUGCAU